UUCUGUGUGGAAAUGAAACGCUGAUCCACAGUUGAAUCAGCCGAGCUGAGUCUAUCAACGGAACGCUGGUAUCUUUUAUGUAUUGGUGGAAUCAAUUCCUCUUCAGUCUUCGCUGAAACUGUGGCUACAGAUACUAGCACUUUACAAGAAAAUGUCCCGUCAUCAAGGCUACAAACAUCCCAAUGCUUGGCUAGGAGUAGACCUCGAUGUAACGAUGCCGCGGUCAAAUAGGAAUGCUUUCUCCAUUGGAGUUGUAUGCGUAUUUGUGAUUGUGUGUAUGUAUUUAUAUCGUAGUAUAGACACUCGCAGCUCUACUGAUUUGCUUAAAAAUGAGAAGACUAUUGCUAAUAUGAAGAUGAAUAUCGACCAGCUACAAAAUAUACUAAAUGAUAACCGACAAGAGAUAGCAGAGUUGAAAAAGAAAGUAGCUGACGCUGAACGGAAACGAAAACAGGAGUGGGACAAGCAAGUGGAGAAGGAGAAUGAGGUCUACGAUGAGAAAGCCGAGGCCCAAAAAGCUUUAGAGAAGAAGGUGGAACAGAUUGCUGGUGACGCAGACCAUAAGGCUGUCGAAGAGGAGGAGAAAGCUGUCGUCCCAGAACCGAGAGGCAAAGUCGGUGUGGUUCAUGAUUUUCUUCAUAGAACUACGACAAAAUCGACGUCGCCCGUUUGUCAGUUAAGGAAAGAUUACGUCAACAGCAAGACGCAUGUUCAGAUGUUGGAUUUGUACGACGUCGAGGCUUUUGAUAAUUCCGAUGGUGGCGCAUGGAAGCAGGGUUGGGAGGUUACCUACGACAAGGACAAGGUUGCUCAGGAAAAGAAACUGGAAGUGAUCGUGAUACCACACUCUCACUGUGACCCUGGUUGGAUCAAGACCUUUGAGCAGUAUUACGCCACCCAGACCAAGAAAAUCUUGGAUGGAAUGUACAAAAGCUUGAGCAAUGAUCAAGAUUUUAGUGGCAUGCGCUUCAUAUAUGCUGAAAUAUCAUUUUUCGAGCUGUGGUGGAAGGACCAAAGUGAGGCAGUGAGGGCAAAAGUUAGGGAGCUGCUGGAUAGUGGGAAGUUGGAAAUUGUCACGGGUGGAUGGGUUAUGACCGACGAGGCCAAUGCUCAUUAUUUCUCGAUCAUUACCGAACUCAUGGAAGGACACGAGUUCAUUAAAAAUCAUUUGGGAGGUUUUCGCCCAACUAGUCAUUGGUCAAUAGAUCCAUUCGGUUUAUCACCAUCGAUACCAUAUCUCUUGACUGCAGCUAAUAUUACUAAUGCAGCCAUACAAAGGGUACAUUACUCGGUGAAGAAACACCUUGCAAAAAAGAAGCAGUUGGAGUUUAUGUGGCGACAACUUUGGGGUGCACAUGGUAAACAAGACAUGCGUACUCAUCUGUUCCCUUUCUACUCAUACGAUGUGCCUCACACUUGCGGCCCAAAUCCAGCAGUCUGCUGUCAGUUCGACUUCAGACGCCUUCCCGGCAAUGGACCUGAUUGCCCCUGGGGCAAGCAGCCCGUGAGAACUAACAGCGCUAAUGCAGAAGAGCGAGCAUUUAUGCUAUACGAUCAAUAUAGGAAGAAAAGUCAGCUGUACAAAACCAAUGUGCUUUUGGUGCCUUUAGGAGAUGAUUUUCGAUAUGACACUCCCAAUGAAUGGAAUGAACAGUAUGUGAAUUAUAUGGGACUUUUCAAGGAAAUGGAUAAGCAUCCAGAAUGGAAUAUUCAUGCGCGUUUUGGAACUCUUGCUGAUUAUUUUACCGAGCUAGAUAGAUCAUUAAGAGCAGAGUCUGAGUCAUUACCGGUGCUCUCUGGUGAUUUCUUCACGUAUGCUGAUAGAGAUGAUCAUUACUGGAGUGGAUACUUCACCUCACGGCCCUUCUAUAAACAGAUGGAUCGAGUGCUCCAGCAUCAGCUGCGUGCUGCAGAAAUCGCAUUUACUCUGAAGGCAAUGAAGGGCGAGAAAGCACCUGAGGCGGUUUUUGCAAAGCUUAUACUUGCUAGAAGAGCAUUAUCCUUGUUCCAACACCAUGAUGGAGUCACUGGUACUGCGAAGGACUUUGUGAUGGUCGAUUACGGACAAAAGAUGCAUGCCGCUCUGACAGCAGCGGAAAUGGUGCUUUCCGACGCCCUAGGGAGCUUACUUGGCGGGGAUGCGCCUGCAUCUGGAUCCAUGCUUUUGGAUGAGUACCGAGAAAUACAUGACGCGCUACCUCUGAGGCGCACAUAUUCUAUUGGAGACUUCGUGGUAGCCUUCAACAGCCUGUCACGAUCAAGGACGGAACCAACAUGCAUUUAUGUAAACUCCAUCAAUGCAGCCUUAAAGACUGAUGGUGAUAGAGAGGUGAAGCAGCAAAUAUCGCCAUUGUUCGACCUUGUAGAUGACCACUUGGUUCCGUCAGAAAAGUACGAGCUGUGCUUUGUCGACGAGUUAGAGCCAUUUGGUGUUAGUGUCUACCAAGUGAUAAAGGCAACUGGUAGUGAGCAUGUUGUGAUGGCUACGCUUACCGCAAAAGGCGUUGUGAAAACUAGUGAGUUCAAAUUCGAUCCAGUUACUGCAAACACAUAUGUUUUGGAUAAUUCUGUGGUUGCUGCUGAGUUUGAUACUGUAACAGGUUUUCUAAAGGCAGUGACUCCUAAAGAUCAUGGAAAAAUCGAUGUCGAUCUGCACUAUGUUCAUUAUGGUGUUCGUCCGCACCAAAGACUGAAGAGCGGUAAUGCCGACAACCUUUCUGGUGCAUACCUAUUCCUGCCUGAUGGUGAAGCAAUGGAAAUUCCGAAAACAGAGCAGGACUUUGUGGUUGUCAGAGGACCUAUCAUGAGCAGAAACUAUGUAGUAGGACCAAAAGAUCUAAAGAUUCUGCAAGUAUAUUCUCUGGCUCAACGAUCACCAUCGGUAGAGAUUACAAAUGAAGUAGAUAUAAGAAGUAAAACAAACUUCGAAUUAGCAAUGCGUCUAAAAACAAGUGUUCAGAGUGGAGAUGAUCUUUUCACUGAUUUGAAUGGACUACAGCUUAUUAGACGAAAGCGCAUGCUCGAUAAACUUCCUCUUCAAGCGCAUUUUUAUCCUAUGCCAGCUUCUGCUUUCAUAGAAGAUUCCAACACUAGGCUGUCUCUACUUGGAAAUCAAGCUUUAGGAGUGGCUAGUCUUGCUUCAGGGCAGAUGGAGGUCGUUUUGGACCGUCGAUUAGAUCAAGAUGAUGGUCGCGGUCUGUUCCAGCCUGUUAUGGACAAUCAUCGCACAUUAUCACGAUUCCGCUUACUUGUUGAGCCAUUAACACCUGCAGCUGAUGUAAAUCAUGCCGAGGAAAGAAUUGGGUUCUAUUCUGUGGUGGGAUUUGCCCAGAGCAUGGAAUUGCACUACCCAGUACUGAAAAUGCUGACCAAAUCUAACCCAGGAAGUGAAUCAGUAGCUGGUUUACCGGAAAGUCUUCCAUGCGAUGUUCACAUCGUUACCUUGAGAACAUCCGCAGGACCAACAAACUACGAUGGAAACGGAUCAGCUGCGGCAAAAAAUGAAGCAGCGCUCAUUCUACAUCGACCGCUAACAGAUUGUCGGUCAAAACUACAAUUGCAAUCAGAUUGCAUAAGACAAGGAAAUGCUAUUGUGCCAAAGAAACUCUUUCCAACGAUAAGCUCAGCACAAGAAGCUUCACUUACACUAUUAUAUGAAGGAAAAGCUACAGAAGAAGUAGCACUUCAACCGCAAGAUGUGACCUCAGUAAAAUUAUCGUGGCAUUCCUGUAUUAUAUUUAGAAUCUAUCUUGAUGCUAAAUUAGGAGCAAAUGAUAACGGAUCCUCCUCACCUCUUGAUGGUGUCUUGCUUUCUUGA